CUUACAUUGAGGUUUUAUGCUACGGGAAGUAUGUUGAGGACAGUAGGAGAUUUAUUUGGAGUAUCUAAAAGUACACACCACAUAGCCCAAUUAAAAGACCAUCACAUUUAUAUGCCAAAAACGGAAAGAGACCUGAAAAAGUCCCAGAGAGACUUUUUUAAAUUAGCUAAAUUUCUUCGAGUGAUCGCAGCAAUUGAUUGCACUCAUGUAAAAAUAAUUUCUCCAGGUAAAGAAAGUCCAAAAAAUACUUCACUCAAAAACUUUUUAUAUUUCUUUAUAUUUCUCCACUAG